ACACACGCACGCACACACUUAAACUGCCCCAUUCCCCGCUCGCGUUGUGAAAGCGAUCCUCUUGCAUAGUUGGCGGAUGCCCACACAGGGGUCAAGACUGAAACUUCACUCAACUUCACUUUCGCAGGGAUAACAGGAAAUCUUCGAAUGAACGAAAGUGCUUUUUGUGAAAACUGUGGAAAACAGGACCAUUUGUCUUAAGAUCUGAAUAUCAACGAGUUUUCGCCAGGGAUGAUGAAAAUUGGCCUGUUAUUGCACAAGUGUCCCAGAUAUUCCACCUGUUCCAAUUUCUAAGAAAUCUCAGAUUGGGAUCAUCCAGAAGCACCUGCUUCGAUAAAUUUAAGUGAUCUCUAAUGAACUCUGAGUAAAAAAGUGAGUGUUUAUCAUAACUAGUCUAACGAAAAUGCAGUGAAGUGUGUUUUGUCAUCGGCUUACUUACUACUCUACAGUGUAGCAUCUUAUCGUCGCCCGUUUCCUGAAAGAUUAUACAAAUCAUAUACUGAGCAGCUAAAGGAAGACAAAGUCAAAGCUGAUUAUACAGACGAAUAAGUCCUCUGAAAUUUACGAAAGGAAUUUUCCCACCUGAAGUAGUCAACCCUCGAAAAACCGAAACAACAAUAUCGAACUGACAAAUUGUCACGCCAUUGCUAGGUGUUUCCCAGACACUCCCAGCCACCUCACCAUAUUAACAGAAAAGUCAAAUUAAAGGAUCUCCAUGUCAGUAGAACACCAUACGGUGACGACUAUCCAUUUUCGACCAACUGGACCUCGUCAAAACCAGCCAUGUCACUAAAUGCUUCCAACUCCUCGCGUCGCAGGGUCAACUCGAACACCAGUCCAAGCAACGGCUCCUCCAAAUGUCACUCCUGGCGGAAUUCUAAGUCCGGCGGCCAGAAGCAGCAUUCCAUUAAAUCCCUGAAUUCCAGUCCGGGAAUCUCGAAAAGCAACAACGAGGUUGCUGGUGGUGGUGGUGGUGGUGCUGCUGCUGCUGCUGCUCCGGUUAAACAGGACAAGGGAGCUCUGGGGCUCCUCUGGGCAGUUUCCCGUCUCCUCGUCAUUCUGGGCAAGGGCCUCGUGGCCGUGGUGAUCUUCGUCGUGCUUUUCAACCUGGCUCUCGUCGUCAUUAACAAAACGCUCCUCGGCGGGAAAUUAGCUCAGUACAUCGACACCCCUUCCUGGAGGGACGUCUUGGGGAGACGCGUCCAUUAGCCGGAAAAAAUUGCAACCCAUCCAUUAACCUACUCAGAGAAUAGCUCUGUCAACUAUAGUGAAAGCGGUGUGGAAACAUAAUUGCAGUUAUUUCUCAUAUGUGAUCUGUAUUCUACUAGUUACUCUCAGUUCCCUACUCAAAGGGGGAAUUAGUCAAGGAAAAUUCGUGACUGAUACUCGAAACGGCAGAAUGAUUCAAACAAACACGAAAUUAAAAUCAAUACAUUCAUGGUCGACGGAAGAGCUUGCGGUCCAUUGCUGUCAAAUGUGCAAGUUUCCGAAGCCAUUAAAUGAAGUGUAUUCUAUGUGAAGGUAUGAACUAAGAAUGAAAGAUAUUACAUAUGCAAAUACAAUAUAUCUUAGUAUGUGCUUUUCUUGACUUGUAAACACAAGUUAAAGACCACAAAACAAUAUAAGACUUAGCAGUGGCGGCCGUUCCUUUCGUCAAUGUCACCUUGUAGUCUAAACUCUAAAGCUGAUCAAAUUUUAGUGAAACUUUCAUAAAGUACCUCAGAAAACUUAGAAAACAAUACUAGGCUGGAGGCAAGACAUGAGCAAGUUUGCACCCAAAGGAGAACAAAUAGUUUCAGGAAGAUUUUGACUUUGAAUACAAGACUUCCAUGACCGCAAGCAUGCGUAUCAAGCAAAAACGACCAUUAAUCGCGGCAGUGGUAGUGACUGUCAUCAACCUGCUGAUUUUCUUUUAUGACGACUACACCGCCAACAUACCAGCAGAUAUCCUAAGAAAGCCAGCAAUCUUUGACAAAUUGGGGCCAGGCCUGCCUCCAGAGGGUACUGAAGAAGUGAAGAAGCAAUACAAAGAUCUGGGGAAUAUCCUACUACUAUCAAAUGCCACUCUUUUUCGGAACACCUCUCAGAUAUUAGAUGGAGAACUCAGGUCGAAAUCUGGAACGGACAGAUUCCUCAUCCACUCUUAUCUAAAGAGUGGGGCCAGCAAAGUGGCAGAAGCUCUCAACUUGCACCACAAGGAGAUAUUCUAUGUUCAUCACCCACUGCAAGCUUUGGACAAAGACAAUCCUUUCUCGGGACUCAGCGUUGUAACUAAUAAACUGGGCACAGAAGGCAUGAACUGGUUGAAAGCUAUUUACAACUGCUCAUUCCAGAACAACAAAGAGGUCAUCUCAGAACCUGAAAUAUGGAAGUCUCACUCCAUCAGCAACACUUACAGAAAAGAAUGUCAACAUCUUAAACUGCCAAUUGAAGAGUGCUUGGAGAGAGCUUGCAGGGCGCGCUCCCUACGCGCAGUCUUUACUGUAAGGCUUGGGAUAGACUUCAUUUACCAAAUGAUGAAAUCUUAUGGAAAUAAAUUCAAGGUAAUUUUUGUAGUGAGAGACCCUAGAAGCAUUCUUAGUAACCGUCGUCACCGCAAUCUUGUACCACUAAAAACUUCGGAGGAAUUUAAGAAACAAGCUUCAAAACUAUGCAAAACUAUGGGAAGUGAUAUGCUAUAUGCUGAACAGAUUAAGAAAAUACUGCCAGAAUCCAUUUUGAUUCUGCACUACGAACAUUUCGUUCUGUACCCAAGAACGAUGCUCUCCUACCUGUACAAGUUUCUCGGCCUCGAGGUGCCUGAGGCUCGCAUCCAGCAGGUUCUAGCAGUCCUCGGGCUGCAAGUUCCUGAAGACCAGCGCUUACAGAUGACAAAGGACUGGCACAUUGAGCUUACUCUCAUGGAGAGCCGUUCAAUAGACUACGGCUGCAAAUUCUACUACAAAAAGCUGGGUUACUUUCCCGUGCCCAGCAAACUCGCCGCCUAUGACAGGUAUUUCGUGGGCUUGGACCAGAUGGAGUACUACACGAAUAUGACAUAUUACGAUGAGUAUCCCUAACUCAGCGGAGUAAUCCACAGAAAAAGCUAGACAUAUAAUAUAUGAUAAAAGGUGCAGGUUAAUUAUAUUUACACACACACACACACACACACACACACACACACACACACACACACACAUAUAUAUAUAUAUAUAUAUAUAUAUAUAUAUAUAUAUAUAUAUAUAUAUAUAUAUAUAUACUGCUGACAUGGCACAGGCUGAACAUGAAAGGUAGAGCAUUAUCUGAAAUAUAUGAUGGAAAAUUAUCAAAGAUAAUCACUUAGAAGCCUUGACCGUAACUCUCCCAAAAUGGAAGAUAAAGAAAAAUAAAUAAAUAAAAAAUAAAAACAUAAGGGUGACAUCAUAUUUUAUUCAAAAGUAAUCUCAUGCUGUUCUGUUUACUUUUCGUCAACAUUCUGUUAAAACUGAAUCAAAAUAUUUGAGUUAAUAUUUAAGAUUAUCUGCAACGCAUGGGAUAUUACACGUGGAAAGCAGCAUCUAUCUGCCUCCACUCGUAUGGUAAUUAUAUCCAUUCACACUUUCAGGCGUCAAGUGGUCCUGUGAUACCUAAAGUUGACAUGUGCAUGGCAUAGUAGUAGUAGUAGUAGUUGAAAGGAUUUCUUUAAAACGGCUCGCUCUCGCGUUCUAUUUUACUCCUCCUCUCACUAUCCUUCCUCUUCUUUUGUUAGGAAUUAUUCUUGUUUAGAAGCAGCAGAGUAGAUGUGUCUGUGGAGGGGAGGGUUCUGCUGAUGUUAUCUGCAGAAAAGUCAACCUGGGUUGGCUAAGCUGGACCAAGAGAGAAACGUAAUAUAUGUACCAUUUUCUGGACACGAAUUUCUUUGAAUUGUUAUAGUCUUACAAAAGCUCCAGUUCACUUAACAUAUCGUUUAUCAGAUUCAUGAAGACAUGUGGUAAAAAUUGUAGCACUGUUUAUUAUGAUGAAAAAAAAAAUUAAACAUAUAUGUAACUAGUUUUGAAAACCAUACAAACGGACAAAAUUAUGCAAUGAACAAGUAUAUUAUUCCAGGCAUGUCAUUUAAGCCUUUUUUGAGGGGGGUGGGGGAGGGGAGGGAGUGAAUGGGAAGUGGUGAGAGGAUGCUACACAUAGCUCUGUAAAUGUCAGGGAUAUUUCCCUUAAUAUGACCUCAGCAACAAAAAUCUUGAAUAUUUCACAGUCCUCUAUAACCAAGGAUAUGCAAGUAUGAGUUUCUUUGUACAUAUUCUUCAUUGUAUUUAUUUUCAAGUGCGGUGUAAGAAUCUCUUGUUUUAAGUACACUUUCAUUUGCUGUGUCUAUUGACAAACUCAUACCUUACGGUGAGUGCUAGAGAAUCAAUUUUUGAUACUUUGAUAUGUUUUUUCGGAAAUUCUGCUGCUUAUUGUUGAUAUCUCACGUUUUCUUGUAUCGUAUCACGGUAUGUGUGAGUGAGAAAUAAAAGAUAAUCAAUA